CCAGCAGCCCCUGCCCCCGCCCAAGGGCCAAAGACAGCGGACCCGACCGAGUUCAGUGAAAUCGCACGCGCAGUCCCCUACCCCCUACCACUCUCCAUAACUAUCAACAACAACUCCUGUCAAAAUCUGCCAUCUCCCAGAGAAUCAGAGAGCUGAGAACUCAGAACUGAGUUGAGUCACAGAGUAGUUGGAUAAAUUUCUCUCCUCUGGUUUGGCAGCUACCUGUUAAUCAACCAGCAAAAAUUAAUAAUGGAUUUCUAUCUUGCAUCUCUGAGCAUCAUGCUCUUAGCAGCAAUUCAUUCUGGAGCAUCAGAGGAUCCGCUGAAGUGCUACUCGUGUUCUUCGAAGAGCAACCCCGAGUGCGCGGAGGGCGACACUGACAAGCUGAAGGCUUUCGAGGUGGAGUGCGACUCGAAGGCAAUCACUGCUGCCAACAGCCUCAUCACGGCCGUCUCUCCCGGCCUCACCAACCUCGGCAGCAAGCUCGGAUUCGACUUCAAGGCUGAAACUUUGAAAAUGGCUUGUCUCAAGGCUGAGUUCACUGAGAAAGAAACCGAUAAGAAAGGAGUGCUGAGAUCGUGUUCAGUUGCAAAGAGCGACGAGAAGGACUGGUGCGGAAAGGUGGUGAAGUCGCUGGGUGACAAGAACUCAGACGUGUCGUGCACUCAGUGUGAUGGCAACCUCUGCAACGGCUCCACCAUCGCUUCUCCGUCCUUGUUCAUCAUUGCUCUCAUGUCAUUCAUCUCCUGCCUCAUUGUUCUCAAGCAAUAAAAGCUGCUGCUUAUUGUACUUAUUACACAACGUAUAACAUAUUUAUAUUGUAAAACUGUUUGAGUGUCAACACAGGCUAUUGCUUCGAUUCAAAGUUAUUUUUAAAACGUCAUUGUGUAAGUAGGAACGAUAAAAUAGCAAAGAUACAGUCAAGAGAUAAUGUGGAAACAUUUUGUUACCAAGAGAUUCACUUAGAAAUUAACUCGCUUGUUUCAUUGUAAAGUAGGCUAUGCCAACAUAUAGAUGGUUCCAUAAAUGUAUGUUUCACUGUUGAACUAUUGUGAGAUUUACUCCAAAAUGGAGAUGCGAUUUACUCCAAAUAGGAAAUGAGAGGCAUUAAUUUUUUUCCAUGAGGAUGCUGGUUUUAGUGAAUCUCUACGAACACUGAUCAAUAUUAUAAUGGGAAAUGGGUAUCGAGCACCUAUUAUCGAACGUUUAUAAAAAAACAAUGAAUGAUAUUAUUAAGGUUCAAAUUACCAAAAAUUCACUAUAUGUUCCAGAUCAUCUAGGAAUUCGGCCGUCCAAUGCGAAUAUCUUGUUUCAUAAGUUUUUGUAGAAGGUAGAUGUAGAUUACAACAUUAAUUGUUGUGAAAGAUGAGUAUUCAGAAUUCUAGAGCAAUAGAAAUAUUAAAAAUAUGAGUCACAAACGGGUGAUUUAAUUUAGUCUACCAAUUUUCCUUAUUUCUUUCUUUUUAUUUUAUCGAAAUGCUUCUAUGAGAUUUCUUUAUCAGAAGGUAUAUAUUUUUUAUUGCUGAAAAGAAGGUGUCCACUUUAUCAAAGAAGAAAGAAAUGUUUUCACAUUAUUUGCGAUUAAUUUUCCAAAGUGAAUACAAUGAUGAACUUACGAUUAAGAGUUGUAGAAUUUAUUAUUUUUAUACAUUUAUAUUGAUAUCAGACUACAUACAUUCAAUUAAGGCCAACAUUCACUAAUGCUUACUGGUGCUUGGAGAGCCUUAUUAUAAUAUUCAUGGAAUUAUCUGGAAAAGUUCUCAUAAUUCUAAAAGAAUUCAAUCCGUUAUGCUUACCCACAAUAAAUAAAUAUUAUAUAUCAGCUGAAAAUCAUACAUCGUGACCUAUCAUACCGAUCAUCAUACCCAUCAUCAUACCGAUAAUGCCUUAUAACAUUCUUGUCAAUGAAUCAAAUUUACAGUUCAAUAAAGCAUUUGUAGAGUACCUAUAUUGUAGAAUAUGUUUAGAAUUAUCGUAUACAAAUAAACUAGAAUGUACUUUAUAGAUAAGUAUCUACUUGACAUGAUGAUAGUGAUUGUUAAUUUUUGAAAUUACCUAAAGAUCGUUCUGUGAAUCUCCAUUGAAAUGAAUUACCAUGUAGAAAAGUAUUCUCUAAUAAUCAAGCUGAAGAGAACUAAAAGAUUCUCAUAAAGUAACAUGUUAAUGGAAACUUUCUUAUGUGGAUUAAAAAAAAUAAAGAAGUGUUCUUCGAGUCGUA